UAUUGUGCAGUACAGCGCUGUGCCUUAUUAUGGUAAAAAUACAAUGUUACCUGCAAAUAAACCUGAGAAUUUCAAGAAACCUUUGCUUCUGCCCAUUUUCCUUUGAUUCCGUAAAUCUGUAUAUUUAAACAAGUCAAUAUGUCUGAUUACGAAGAAGAUGAAGGUUUUGGUAUGGACGGUGCCGUUAUGGAAGAAGAAGUGGAUGAAUUUCAAGUGGCAGACGAAAAUGGCGAACAACAAAAUGGCGGUUUAGGAGGAGAAUCCACUGCAAUAUUGUCAGAAGACGUUGCCAGUAGCCGUGUUGGUCCUCCUUCCAAAGCCGUUGAAAAAGAAAAACGUAUGACAACGCCAUACAUGACUAAAUACGAGCGUGCUCGUAUCUUGGGUACCCGUGCCUUACAGAUCAGUAUGAAUGCUCCUGUUUUAGUGGAUUUGGAAGGCGAAACAGAUCCAUUGCAGAUUGCCAUGAAAGAACUUGCACAAAAGAAGAUUCCCCUUUUGGUCCGUCGCUAUUUACCUGAUGGAAGUUAUGAGGAUUGGAGCGUUUCUGAACUCAUCUAAUGGAAUGUGUGGCAUAUUAAUAAAGUUAUUUAAGAAAAAAUAAGAACAAUAAUAUUGGUGGUUUUUGGAUUUCUCCUUUAUUCAAGAAAGAAGUUUCUUUCCUUUGUAUAGUUUUGAAACUAUAUACCUGGAGUUGGGUUAUUGAUGAUCCAAACGUCAAGAACAUACGAAAAAACUUCACUCUUCCCUUUGUUAGGAUAGAAAAGUUUUCAUAGAAAGCUCUUUAAAUUAUGAGCAUGUCGUUCUUUUUCUAUAAUUAUACAACCUGCUGCGGUUGACAUUGUAUUCUGAAUAGCAAACAUAUAGAAUUUCUGUGUAUGAUUGUAUCACGGUG